ACUGGCGCCGCAGCGUGCUAACUACCAAUCAGCGCACUGUGCGUUGAGUGAGGUCCGGCUGAUAUCAGUGCGCGGCGAAGUUCCACCCCCUCUUGCACUGAGCGCCUGGAUCCUUCCGCGCCACGCUCCCUCCCUUCCUCAGGCAGCCUGCCCGGCACCGCCCGAGCUGUGUCCCGGCACCGCCAACAUGGAGCUCAUCACCAUCCUCGAGAAGACCGUCUCUCCAGACCGCAAUGAGCUUGAAGCGGCACAGAAGUUUCUGGAGCAGGCGGCUAUCGAGAACCAGGUGAGAAAUGGGGAGAAUGUUUUGUCAAUCUUCCUUUUGGAGCUCUCAAAAGUGCUGGCCAAUCCUGCAAACAGUCAGGUUGCAAGAGUUGCUUCCGGUUUACAGAUAAAGAACUCUUUGACCUCAAAAGACCCAGAUUUGAAGGCACAGUAUCAACAGCGGUGGCUGGCAAUUGAUUCCAAUGUUCGGGGAGAAAUUAAAGCUUUGGUUCUGCGUACACUGGGAACAGAAAGCUACAGACCCAGUUCAGCAUCACAGUGUGUGGCGGGGAUAGCUUGUGCUGAAAUAACAGUCAACCAAUGGCCGCAGCUAAUACCACAGCUUGUUGCUAAUGUGACAGACCCAAACAGUACAGAGCAUAUGAAAGAAUCUACGCUGGAAGCAAUUGGAUAUAUAUGCCAGGACAUUGAUCCAGAACAACUGCAACACAAAUCCAAUGAAAUCCUGACUGCUAUCAUCCAGGGUAUGAGAAAAGAGGAGCCAAGCAACAAUGUCAGACUAGCAGCAACAAAUGCUCUUCUCAACUCUCUGGAGUUCACAAAAUCUAACUUUGACAAAGAGGCUGAAAGACACUAUAUAAUGCAAGUGGUCUGUGAAGCAACACAGUGCCCUGAUACUAGGGUGCGAGUGGCUGCAUUACAAAACCUGGUGAAGAUCAUGUCCUUGUACUAUCAAUAUAUGGAAACCUACAUGGGCCCUGCACUGUUUGCCAUCACUGUGGAGGCAAUGAAGAAUGAAAUUGAUGAAGUCGCUCUGCAGGGAAUUGAGUUCUGGUCCAAUGUUUGUGAUGAGGAAAUGGACCUGGCAAUUGAAGCAUCUGAGGCAGCAGAACAGGGAAGACCUCCAGAACACACCAGCAAAUUCUAUGCUAAGGGGGCUUUGCAAUACCUGGUCCCCAUUCUGACACAGACCUUGACAAAACAGGAUGAGAAUGAUGAUGACGAUGACUGGAAUCCUUGUAAGGCUGCUGGUGUAUGCCUCAUGCUACUUGCCACGUGUUGCGAGGAUGAUAUUGUGCCCCAUGUGCUGCCAUUCAUCAAAGAGCACAUUAAGAACCCAGAUUGGCGAUACAGGGAUGCUGCAGUCAUGGCAUUUGGAUGUAUCCUGGAGGGGCCUGAAGCCAGCCAGCUGAAACCUCUAGUCAUACAGGCUAUGCCCACCCUUAUAGAGCUAAUGAAAGACCCCAGUGUUGUGGUGAGGGACACUACUGCCUGGACUGUUGGCCGGAUAUGCGAGCUGCUCCCUGAGGCAGCGAUCAAUGAUGUUUACCUCGUUCCUUUACUGCAGUGCCUCAUUGAGGGGCUGGGGGCUGAACCCAGGGUGGCUACUAACGUGUGCUGGGCCUUCACCAGUUUGGCUGAAGCUGCUUAUGAAGCUGCUGAUGUGACUGAUGACCAGGAGGAACCAGCUUCCUACUGCUUGUCCAGCUCCUUUGAGGUCAUUGUGCAGAAGCUUCUGGAGACCACUGACAGGCCCGAUGGACACCAGAACAAUCUACGAAGUGCUGCCUAUGAAGCUCUAAUGGAAAUAGUCAAAAAUAGUGCCAAGGACUGCUACCCUGCUGUUCAGAAAACCACACUAGUGAUAAUGGAGAGACUACAGCAAGUGCUACAGAUGGAGUCUCAUAUACAGAGCACAUCAGACAGGAUACAAUUCAACGAUCUGCAGUCGCUUCUCUGUGCUACUCUCCAGAAUGUGCUUCGUAAGGUGCAGCCCCAAGAUGCACUUCAGAUAUCUGAUGUUGUGAUGGCUUCCCUACUACGCAUGUUUCAGAGUACAGCUGGUUCGGGAGGUGUACAGGAAGAUGCCCUUAUGGCAGUGAGCACUUUAGUAGAAGUGCUUGGAUCAGAAUUUCUGAAGUACCUGGAGGCAUUUAAACCUUUUCUCGCCAUUGGCCUCAAGAACUAUGCAGAGUAUCAGGUGUGCCUGGCUGCUGUUGGCCUUGUAGGAGACCUGUGCCGGGCCCUGCAAACAAACAUCUUGCCAUUCUGUGAUGAAAUUAUGCAGCAGCUUCUAGAGAAUCUGGGGAAUGAGAAUGUUCACCGCUCUGUAAAACCUCAAAUUCUAUCUGUCUUCGGCGAUAUUGCUUUGGCUAUUGGAGGGGAGUUUAAAAAGUACCUGGAUGUUGUACUGAACACACUGCAGCAGGCUUCUCAGGCUCAGGUGGACAAGACAGAUUAUGACAUGGUGGACUACCUUAAUGAGCUGCGUGAGGGCUGUCUUGAGGCCUACACUGGAAUCAUCCAGGGACUCAAAGGAGAUCAAGAGAAUGUGCACCCUGAUGUAAUGCUUGUACAGCCACGUGUGGAGUUCAUGCUGUCAUUUAUCGAUCACAUUGCCUCAGAUGAAGAUCACACUGAUGGCGUUGUGGCCUGUGGCGCUGGCCUUGUUGGAGAUUUAUGCACAGCAUUUGGAAAGGACGUGGUGAAGUUGGUGGAAACUCGCCCUAUGAUCCAUGAAUUGCUAACAGAAGGUAGACGAUCAAAGACGAACAAGACAAAAACACUUGCUACUUGGGCCACCAAGGAACUACGGAAGCUAAAAAAUCAAGCCUGACCAUAGCGGCUGGUUGAAGCAGACAACCCACUGGAAAUCUCCAACUUAUUUGAAAAAAAAAAAAAUCCCGGAAGUGAGAAGUGUGAGCGGUUACUGAAUGUUUGAGUGAGAGAGAGAGUGAGUGAAGCUUCAAACAUACCACAUGGAUAAUGCGACCACAGCAGUGCUGUGAGAAGAGCAGACUUCCUGGGAGAAAGGGGGUGAGAGCUGUCACAUUGCCCACCCACCAGCUGAGAGGAGCAAGGGCCUGUGGGUCUUCACUAAUUCGAUGUCUGCUUGCACUGCCUUGUGGCCAAGGCGGUGCAGGAGUGACUGGUGUAACUUUAUUUUAUAAUUCAUUGUUACAUCUGGCCUUUUCCUUUUCCUUUUUUUUCUCUCCAAUACCCCUUGCUGUAUAAAGAGGAGCAGCAGUGGUCUGUUGCUGCAUUGCCUAUCUCCUUUAGUGCAGGGGGACCUGAGCGAAAGGAUUCUCAGAGUGAGUGUGUGUGAGUGCAGAGGUUUAGCAGUGUCUACAAUCUGAGCUUCAUACAAUUUAUUCUGGUUCAGAAGAAAAGAUGUUCAGUGUUCCA